AUGUUCCGUUGUGAUUAUCAAAAACGUGAAUACUUCGAAACUUCUUCGUUACAUGGUGUACCAUAUAUAGCCGAAAAAGGUCGUCCAUUUCGUGAAAAGUUUUUAUGGUUUUGUUUUGUAUUGGCUGGAAUAAUAACAACUUUAAUUAUUAUAUCCAGUUUAUGGGAAAAAUUUCAAACUAAUCCAACUAUUACGGGCUUAGAUACAGAUUUUCAUAGUUGGAAAAUUAAAUUUCCAGCAAUUACAAUAUGUGAUGCAAAUUCAGCAAAUCCUGCAUUAAUUGAAGCAUUGUUAACCAGCGAAGGGCUAAAUAAAUCAAUGGAUGAAUAUGAUUACAAGUUCAGUUUUUAUAAUACUUUAGCAUCGUUAUCAUACUCGACUAUUAAAACGAUAAAAAAUUUUACUAAUAAUCUGAAUCUACCGCAAAACAAUUUUCAAAAAAUAUUAUUUGAUAUUUACGCAUCAUGUAACGAUGUCUAUCAGGGAUGCGAAUUUCUAGGUAAAUCUACGCAAUGCUGCAAAUGGCCAGAAGGUUUAUUUCCAGUAUUUACAGAAUAUGGCCUGUGUCAUUCAUUCAAUUCAAAGAAAUCAAUGCGAGAAUGGCCUGGUUUAUGGUUAGGGGUUCCGGGUUCGAAAUUAAUUUUUAUUCACACCGAAGAGGAAAUUCCCACCAUGGAUAUGCCACCACAAUUAGAAUGGGAAUUUUCUAUAUAUAAAUUAGAAUUUUCUAUAAAAGAAACAUAUACGACAGAAAAUGCAAGGCAAUUAUCAAUACAUCAACGAAAAUGCGUAUUUCCCGAUGAAAUUCAAAUAAAAAGUGAACCCGGAAAUAUUUAUACGUACAAUGCAUGUACCAGACAAUGUCGAAUUGAUUUAGCUCUGCAUUAUUGUGGCUGUAUACCAUUUUUCUACGCGCCAAUAGAGGGCGUAAAAUUUUGUACUUUGAAAGGAUUAGGAUGUAUAGCCGAUAAAAGUGAACAAAUAUUAGAUUCGAAGAAAUGUCAUUGUGAGUUGGGAUGUUUCAACAUAGUUUAUGAAGUUGAAAAAUUAAUGGACGCAGUUUUAAAAAUAAAAUUAACAUCAUUACCAAUGAUACGGUACAAGCGAGAAGUUAUUUUUGGAUGGGUGGAUUUAUUAGUAUCUUUUGGUGGUAUAGCUGGUUUAUUUCUGGGAUUUAGUUUAUUGUCUGGCGUGGAAAUUAUAUAUUAUUUUACAAUUCGUACCUUUUGUAUGGUACAUCGUAACAAAUAUGAAUUGAAACAGUACGAACGUGAAAAUGCCCGUAUACAUAUGCCCAAUUACGAUUUGAGUUUGGUACCAUAUUUUAUAAAACCGUUUGAACCAGGAAAUGGUAUAAAAAUUUUACAAAAAGAGAAAAAAAUUAACUCUACUUAUCAACAAGGAUUUUAUCCAACCAAUUUAAACAAAAUACAACCAAUUAAUGUAAUGAAUAACAAGCCACCUCCAAGUUAUUCGAAGGUAGUUUGGGAGAGUCGCAAUCCACCAUUUGGAGUUGAAUACUUACCGUAAAUUGUAGUUUAAGUGUAAAUAAUCUCAAAUCAAAAAGCCAAUUGUAUACAGUGAUGAGAAAAGUUCAUCAACCAUCAAAUUACUUG